UGCCCGGUGCCGGCACUGCCCCGCCGGUGCUGAAACCCUCCCCGGUGCUGAAACGGGCGGGCGGCGGCGGGAAGCGACUCUCCCCGGUGCCUCUCCCGGUGGCGGCGGGGGCGGCCCCGCCGGUGGCCCCGGUGGCGGCGGCGGGAGGUGUGGCCAGGGGCCGCAUAAAGCCUCCGCCGCCCGGCGCCGCCGCCAGCCCAGCGCCGCCAGCCGCGGGCCGGAGCGCGGGCGCGGAGCGGUGCGGAGCCGCCAUGCGCGCUCUGCCCGCGCUGCCUCCGCUGCCCGCGCUGCUCCCGCUGCUCCCACUGCUGCUGCUGGUGCUGGCGGCGGCGCCGGGCGGCGGCGAGGAGGCGAUCCAGUGCCCGCCGUGCUCGGAGGAGCGGCUGGCGCGCUGCAAGGCACCGCAGGGCUGCGCGGAGCUGGUGCGGGAGCCGGGUUGCGGCUGCUGCGCAACUUGCGCCCUCGGCCGCGGUACCGCCUGCGGCGUCUACACCGCCCGCUGCGGCGCCGGGCUGCGGUGCUACCCCCCCCGCGGCGUGCCCCGGCCCCUGCACACCCUCAUGCACGGCCAGGGUGUCUGCACCGACCUGGCCGACGUCGAGGCCAUCCAGGAGAGCCUCCACCCCCCAGAGAAGGAGGAGAUCGACCACCCCAACAACAGCUUCAGCCCCUGCAGCAUCCAUGACCGCAAGUGCUUGCAGAAGCAGCAGGCGAAGCGGGUCAACAACGGCAACAAGAUGCGCAACAGCGGCAGCCCGUACCACCGUGAGGAGACGCGGCCCAUAGCACAGGGCUCGUGCCAGAGUGAGCUGCACCGGGCGCUGGAGCGGCUGGCGGCCUCGCAGACCCGCACGCACGAGGACCUGUACGUCAUCCCCAUCCCCAACUGUGACCGCAACGGCAACUUCCACCCCAAGCAGUGUCACCCGGCGCUGGAUGGGCAGCGGGGCAAGUGCUGGUGCGUGGACCGCAAGACGGGUGUGAAGCUGCCGGGCUUCCUGGAGCUGAAGGGGGACUUGGACUGUCACCAGCUGGCAGACAGCAUGUGAGCACGACCGCGGCGGCCCUGUGCCAUGCUGCGGCCGGGACACCUGCCAGGGCUGUGGAGGAGAGGAGGAGAGGGGACGUGACUGCCCAGCAGCUCCCUGGUGCUUGGGCACCCAGCGUGCGCCCCGGAUUGCCGCAGUGCUCUGCACCGCAGGCUGCCCAGGGCACGGGGCACCGCGACCUGUGCUGUGACCACUAGCUGCCACCUCGGAGGGGUCCCCGGCACGCGCUAGCAGCACCUCCAUCCCGCACGGACACUUGCUUGGACAGAUGCUGCCCUGGGGAUGGUGCUGGGCUGCCUGGGUGGAGCGAGCAGAGCACCCACGAUGCUGCUGCCCCUGGGUGCUGCUCCCGCUGCUGCCCACCCACCCCGUGGUGCCCCCCUGGCUUUUGCCCUGGUCCCUCCGCGCUGCAGCAGGGCCAGGGGACACGGAACCCGGUGGUUGUGGCCGAGGCUUCAUCUGCUGCCCCGGACCAGCCUGGCCCCACAGGCAGCCGUGGCCAUGCCAGUGCCUCGUGGGGUGCCGCAGCAGCCCCCCUGCCCGCAGCGUGUUGCCGUCCACACCAGAGCUCUGCAUGUGGCAGCAGAAGUGCCUCAUCCUGCCCUCCCCGGCAUCGGGAGGCUGCCCAGGCGAGGACUGGGGGGGCCCAGGAGCCCACCAUCUGCCUGGGACCCUGCCUGCCUCCCCCUCCCCCAAAGGUGUGCAUGCAAUGGGCAUCGCAGCCGCACAGAGCAAUACGAGACCCCCCCUCACUGCUGCAGCCCUCAGCCCCCCGGCCUGGGAACCGCCUGCCCCACAGUCCAGCCCCAUCCCGCUCUCCCUGCCUGGGGACAAAGUUGGCUCCAUCUCCCCCUGCCCCAUCCCCAGCCACCGGCCCCGGGCGAGGGGGUCGGGCACCCCCAUGUGUGCAGGGCUGUGUCCUCCCAGGCGCUGGGGAUGAGGGGUGGGGGAUGAGGGAUGCCCAGGAGAUGCCUCCCAGCAGGGUGGGCUUCGUUUGUUCGUUUGCUUGUUGUGGUUUUUUCUUCCCCAAAGAUUUUUAAUAUUUAAAAAAUGGUGGUGGUGGUAUCUUAAAACUGACCAUGUGGCCCCUGAGGCUGAAAUCCUCCAUCUUCGUGGGACGGGGCACCGCCGGCAAUGGGUUUUGUCUUCUCUUCUUCCAACUUGGCCAAUGUGACAAAACCGGGAUGAAUUUCUGGAACAUCUCAGCAACAGGAUCUGCAGAUUUCGCCAGCACAAAGUUCGCAGCUGAGAAAUUGUCACUAUUUUUGUAGCUAUUUUUUUUCUUUUUUUUUUUUUUUUUUUUUCAAAGUAGGCUGGAAAUUUUUCACCUAAAUGUCUUUUAGGUGAGAAAUAGCCAUGCUGGCUGCCAUGGCAAGUGUGCCAAAGACAGAGGGGAUUUUGCUGAUCCCCACCCCCUGACCCACCCCCUGGCUCCAUGGCCUCAGUGGGAAGUUUUGGUUUUCCGUGUGGAUUCGCCCUGGCCAUGCCAAGGCCCCUGGUGUGAACGAAAUGUUUCAGUUUUAGUGAAACACCAUUGUGUCCCCCUGGUCCCUGGCAGCUUCCCGGCACGGCACGGCAUGGCACGGCAUGGCAUGGCAUGUCAGCUCCCCAGCACUUGCAGGGAUGUUCUCAUCUGUCUCAGUGGGCGUGCGGGUGGGAAUGGGGGUGCAAGUGCUGCCCGCCUCGCCUGGCUUCUCAUCUGGGUGCCAGUGUCCCCGUGCCACGUCCCCUGUCCCCAGGUGCAUGUGUCCUGGCAUGGCUCAGCAUCUCACCGGGCUGCUGCUGAACCCUCCUGCCUGCCCUGGCCCACUGCUGGAGCCGGUGCCCACCCCGGUGCCCACCUGGCUGGCUGCGCGGUGCCGCACUGGAGGCUGCACACAGCUUCUAACCGGAGUCAAUUUGCCAGGAUGGUCCUUGGUGGGGCUGGGGGUCUCUGCCCCUGCCAGCCCCCCGGCCCCCCAGUGCCACCCUGCGAAGGGUGGGUUUCCUGGGGCGCAGGGAGGUGCUGCUGGGGAACAUGGCUGGUCACAGUGCUGGUGCCACGUGGCUACGCUGGCAGCACCGCGGUGGGGUGCGGGGUCUGGUGGCAGCCUCAGCCUGGUGGUCUCAGCCACCCAGACCCUCCCCACAUGUGGCUCGGGCAGCGCUGGCAGAUCCAGCAGAGCCUCUCCUGGGUUUGGGGUGACCAGGCAGGGAUCAGGGAAGCCGGCACCCGCCAGGGCACCUUCUGUGCCCCGCUCUGAGGGCUCCAGCGUUUUGUAUCAUCUCUCCUGUAGUUUAAGGCUGUAUUUACACAUGAUCAUAUACCAGCAUAAGGCUCCCCAACCCCAGUGGCGUUUUUCCACACUGAUGUGAUUUCUGUCAGUUCCUCCUGGGCCAAGCCCACCCCUUCGGACUCCCAUGUAGCACCGACCCUCUUUUACAGUAAACUUGAACCUUUGUAUUGUCAAAAAAAAAAAAAAAAGGUAAUUACUGUAUUUAA